AUGUCCAGGAAGCAGUACAAUGGUCUUGAAGACAGUUGUUGCAUCAAAUACUUCAUACUUGGCUUCAAUGUCAUAUUUUGGUUCUUGGGAAUUGCAUUUCUUGGAAUUGGACUGUCGGCAUGGAAUGAAAAAGGAGUUCUGUCUAAUAUCUCUUCCACCACCAAUCUCCGGGGCUUUGACCCAGUCUGGCUCUUCCUCGUGGUGGGAGGAGUGAUGUUCAUUUUGGGAUUCGCAGGGUGCACUGGAGCCAUACGGGAAAACACUUUCCUUUUGAAGUUCUGGCAGUGCUGUGGGGCUUUUGGAGCUGAUGACUGGAACCUAAAUAUUUGCUUUAAUUGCACAGAUUCCUACGCAAGUCCAGAGCGAUGCCACAUGCCAUUAUCUGGCUGCACCAAAGACCCUGUGGAAGAUGUCAUCAACACUCAGUGUGGCUGUGAUGCCAGGCAAAAACCAGAAGUUGACUGGCAGAUUGUAAUCUACAUGAAAGGCUGUGUGCUCCAGUCUGAGAAGUGGUUGCAGGACAAUUUAACCAUGGUGGCUGGUAUUUUCAUAGGCAUUGCAUUGCUACAGAUUUCUGGGAUCUGCCUGGCUCAAAAUUUGGUUAGCGAUUUUGAAGCUGUCUAG